ACGGCGCAGAGCGUGAGCGUCUGCUCGUUUUUCCGUCGGAGGACUGUUUUGACACUCGCCGGACGCCUUACCUCCCCAGCGCCGGUUUCAUAAUAACGCCUCCGGAUUCUGCUUUCAUUCGGUUUAUUUUGUUGAGAUCCAGCGCUGGUCAUAGCGGCUCGCUUUGAGGUCGGUUUAUUUCUCCCCCCCCCCCUCCCCGCACCGAAGAUGGCGGCAGUGUGUCUGAGACGUAGCGGGGCCUGGAUGCGGUGGCGGGCGGUCUGCCUCCAGCCGUUUCGCAAUGCACAGACAGCAGCGGCUGCUGCACCUGCAGCACAGAAAGCAUCUCGCAUUAAGAAGUUUGCAAUUUACAGAUGGAAUCCAGAUAAGCCUGGCAACAAGCCUCAUAUGCAAACCUAUGAAAUUGAUCUGAAUGCAUGUGGUCCGAUGGUGCUGGAUGCUCUUAUCAAGAUCAAGAACGAGAUGGACUCCACAUUGACCUUCCGAAGAUCUUGCAGAGAGGGAAUAUGUGGCUCCUGUGCCAUGAAUAUCAAUGGUGGCAACACAUUGGCCUGCAUCUGUAAAAUUGACAGCAAUCUCGGCAAAGUGACUAAGAUCUACCCACUACCUCACAUGUAUGUGGUGAAGGAUCUUGUUCCGGACCUGAGUAACUUUUAUGCUCAGUACAAGUUAAUUGAACCAUAUUUGAAGAGAAAGGAUGAAUCUCAAGGGGGCAAGGAACAGUAUCUGCAGUCAAUAGAGGACAGACAGAAACUGGAUGGUCUUUAUGAGUGCAUCCUCUGUGCCUGUUGCAGUACCAGCUGCCCCAGCUAUUGGUGGAAUGGAGAUAAAUACUUGGGCCCCGCUGUCCUGAUGCAGGCAUAUCGUUGGAUGAUUGACUCCAGAGAUGAGUUCACAGAGGAGCGCUUAGCUCAGCUGCAGGAUCCUUUCUCGCUCUAUCGCUGCCACACCAUCAUGAACUGCACAAGGACUUGUCCAAAGGGUCUAAAUCCAGGUCUAGCAAUUGCUGAAAUUAAGAAGAUGAUGGCAGUGUAUAAAGCUAAGGCUGCAACUGCAUAGUUGUGCGUAUCUGGAUUUAUCUAUUGUAUAAUUAUUGUAAAACUUUACAAUUGAAGUGGUUGUUUCAGGUAUGGAAGACAAAUCAAUAAAUCAUUCUGCUGUGUAA